CUGUAGCGCUUAGCUUUGCUAGCUGGCGCAUCUUCCAACCGAAGAUGGCGGCACCACGGAAAGUCGUCGCUCGCGCAGCUCCGUUAAUCGCCGCGCUGUUGGUACACGCCUGCUGGCAGCCGGUCGAGUCUGUUUCGCUGGAGCGGUACCUACAGGACCCGCUUCCGGUACCCGACUUCAACAUAUCCACUCGCUCGUCCCUGGUAACAGUACGCGGUCGCUUCUGGGACCUGCAGCUGCACGGGCUGUCGGCGACCCGGCUAGAACGGGCCACGGCCAACCUGACCGGACAGACGGUGGAACUUGCCACGCGCACCGAUCUGGUCUCGCUGCGCGGUCAGUACGUGCUGAGCGGGGACUUCGCCUUCGUCUCGCUGCACGGCAACGGCACCUUCUGGAUGAACGCCGCCAAUGCGGUGGCGACGGCUCGCGCAGAGCUGGAGCGAGGACCCCACGGGGGACCUUGGGUGCGAACGGUGAGCGCCAAGCUGGAAGUGGACGACAUCAACCUGCACAUGGAGAACCUGAUGGGCGGCGGCCGCUGGUCGACAUUCAGCAACUCGUUGCUCAACCAGAUCAGCGGCACGGUCUUCAAGCAGGCCGAGCAGUCUCUGCGAGGCGAGAUCGAGGAGAACGUGCGGCGGCGCGUGAACGAGGAGCUGUCUCGUGUGCCGGUGAACCUGACGGCCGCUCGCUCCGAGCGGCUGGUGGACGCCCUGCUGGAGCGCACCGCCGAGCAGCUGCUGCUCGUCGACCCGUACUCGUUGCCGGACCAGGCGCGCUCCUUCGACCAGGACCUGCUCGUACUUCGCGCGCAGGGAGAGAUGCGCCUCGUGGACGGCACGCUACACGGCCUGUCCACCAUUCGACGCACGGGAGAGGUGCUCGCCUUCUACCAGGACGGCACGCUUCUGCUUGAGGCGGACGUGGGCUUCUCGAACCUGACGGGUCACUGGCGCUGGUGGGCGCAGCUGCUGGGCGCUGGCCCCUCGGGCGACGCCUCGCUCGGCGUGCAGGGCCUGUCGCUGCACCUGCGACUCGCGCUGCCCCUGCAAGAAGGGGGCAGCCCCACCGUGCUGGGACCCGUGCGGCUCGAGGCCCUCGAGCUGCGCGACAUCGGCCAGGUGUGGCUCAACCUCGGCGGCCUGGGCACGUUUGACUUCUUGCUCGAGGCGCUCGUCAACCUCGUCACCAACGUGUUCAAGUGGUCGCUCGCCGAGGCCGCCCUCGAAGCUGUGGCCGUCGCCCUGAGGACGGAGAUCGCCCAACUGCCACCCUUCGAGCUGCGCUAGAACGAGCACGUGCCGAGCGCAGGACUCGUGAAAUACUCGAGACAGUUCCUAAACAGUGUCGUCUGGACAGCUGGGAAUUUGUGUGCUCUUGAAGUGGCCAACACUUCUAUCGCAAUCCGCAUUUCGCGUAUUCUAGUGUAUUCGUGCAGAUAAGUUGGUCGGUCAGCUGAUUGGAUCCCGGCAGUGUGGCUAAAUCCGCUCCGGGGUACAGGCCUCGAAUUGGGCGGCAUUAAUUGUCAAUGGAGAUAGUACUGUCCUCUAAGCAUGGCUUACGUCCACUUUGGUGGAUUGGCCACCAGGGCUAGACAAAAUGAUUAGUGAACUGUGUUAUUAAUGAGAAAUUGAGGAUCAGCCGAAAUAAAUAUACAGUAAUAUGCAUACAGUCCAACCGCGAUGUAACGAACACGGACAUAACGAAUUAUCGGUUAUAACGAGGCAUGUGAAGAAUAGUCCGGCCCCAAAAAACAGCGUGAGGAAUAUACGCUUAUAACGAAUUUUCGGAUAUAACGAAACCAUUUCCGUGUCAGACGCGACUUUUACUGUACCAAUUCAGUUUUUGGUAAGGAAACCAUCUGAAUUCAACUACGAACUUUCCAGCGGCUCUGCAGACAUACCUAUGUCAACUUACUAAUGAGGACGCUUCCUAAGACGUAAUAUUAAAAAAAUAAAUGCUUCCAAAUGGGACGCGUCUUUUUGUUCUCCUCCAGAACAAUGGAGCGUACGAAAGGUGCCCAUGAGCAGGCACAACUAACAAAAGAGGAAAUGAGGAAACGUGGUAUUCCUUAAAAUUUAUGAUUCCCAUUGUGUGGCAGGCAGGGGCGUAGC